AAUACCCCAUGACUAGAACAUCCAGACACCCUCCCAUUAUAUUUUGAAGAAGAAUCAGUAAUAAACAUCUUAAUUUGCAUAGUAGUCGCAGCUCCAUAUUCCCAAGGUCCCUCACCUCUCCAUUUGUCCAUGGAACGACAGGAGAUUAGACCUCCUGUGAUGUCUGUGCCACAAUUUGGUGGGUGGGACCAAAAUGAACCAGGAGCUAUCGACUAUACAGUGAUGUUCACUCAAGCUCGUGAAAACAAAAAGCAUCAAAAGGCCAAUCUGAUUGAAAUAAGAAGGAAAAGUUUUGGGAGUGAAAGGGACUUUGUUAAUUCCAAUCAUGGUCGAGCCCCUCGUCAUCAUGUUCGCAGUCAUACUCAUUCUCAUGCUCAUGAGGAUCAUGUUGUCAUGGGGAAAAAGAGGAUUCUAACCUACAUAAAUUGUUGUAUUAGGCCUACCAUAGCCGCUACUUGAUUUUCAAAUCAAUGGCAUUCUAUUAAAGCACUAUGGAUCCAUGACAUCUAACAUGUUUAUGUAGAUCAGACAAGUUUGAUAGAAACCUUACCAACAACUUCCAUAGCUAGUCCGAGUGUGCUACAUAUUGUACAAUAUCUUAUUAUAGCUACUGUCUCUUUUUCUCUGAGAGCUUUAGACUAUUAGCAAUGUACAUAAAUGAGCGGAAAAGGUAAUAUGAAUCAUAUCAAUUAUCUAUUGUAAUAUACGUAUGAUGCUUUCCAGAGGAGGUAUAUACGUAUUUUACUUUAUUUAAACAACAAAUUGGAUUAACA